AUGGCGCGAAACACCAUCGAGACACCACCCUCCUUCCCCGACGUCCUGGCCCCAAACAUCAAAUUCAUCAAAAAAGGAGAAUACGAACUCGACCUACCCAGCUCAUUCAGCUUUGGUCCACCGUCCGGAGGACAAGCCGCAACGGUGCAAGCAGGACUAGAACAGAAGAGAGCGCGAGAAAUGGGGGUUACGAAGAUUGUGGAUGCGGAAUCUGGAUCUUACCGAGCUCCCGCGAUGAUUACUCCUCUAGCGACGAGUAUUGAGAUUAAGAAAUUGUUGCCGCCGAGAGGAACGAAGUGGUUGUUCAUGAGAGCCCAGGCGAAAGAGGUUAAAGAUGGGAGGUUGAGUAUGGAAGUAAUGUUGUUUGAUGAGGGGAUGGAAUUGGUAGCGUUGAGUUAA